AUGUUAAAACUUAAACAAGAUUCAAAUACCGAAUUUAAAAAAAGGCUUUUAUUUUUUGAGAAAUUGUCCGACUUAAUUACCUGGGUUCCAGGUAAUGAUGAUAUUAAUGUUUCUCAAGUGACACUUAAGCAACGACCUGAGUGGAAAAGAGCGAAGUCUGCAGAUGAACAAAAAAGAGAUUUAAGAAUCAAUGUUAUUGAUGAUAACUUUGAAGAAUUUCAUGAUUACUUCAAAUUUGGUCAAUAUCGACUUCAAUAUUGGCAAUUUGUGGAUUCAUUUGUUUAG